CUAAAGUUGAAGCUAUCCAAGACAUUCAACUUUGAAGAACCCGAUUCCCGUCGCAAAUGAUCGACAGAUAACCAACUUUACCACCGAAGAUGUCGUACUAUUUCGCCAUCAUCGGAACGCAGGAUAACCCGAUCUUCGAGCACGAGUUCGGCACCUCGAAGCAGGGCGGCGACGGACAACCACGCUUCAGCGACCAGGCGCGGCACAUGAACCAAUUCAUCGCGCACAGCAGUCUAGAUAUCGUCGAAGAGGUUCAAUGGGGGAGCGGUCAGCAGUACCUCAAGUGCGUCGACAAGUUCUUCAAUAACUACGUAUCCUGCUUCGUAACAGGCGGAAAUGUCAAGUUUCUCCUACUACACCAGCCGACGACGCCCGUAUCUACGACGUCAACACGUGCCUCUACAUCCAUCGGCGCUAACCCGACAAGCCCGCAGACCGAGGAGGCUAUUAAGAACUUCAUGCUAGAGGUCUACGAGAACUGGGUUAAGACUAUCAUGAGUCCCUUCUACAGAGCCAAUAUGGAGGUGAAGAGCCCGGUAUUUAGGCAGAGGGUUGCUGCGGCAGGGAGAAAAUACUUGUGAAGUAGGUAUCUACAUAGCAUCUAAGAUACGGAUGCAUGGGUAUUUUCAGGCAAAUAGAUCAAGGCGUUGGGAGUUAAGACAGGCAGGCAGCAACUGCGGGAUUAUGUUACAAAUUUUCUUAUCAUGGCUACGAUUGCAUUAAUACACAAUUAGUAGAUCAAGUUUAUC